AUGGCUGAAACAGAAGAAAAAGUAGUCAUGACACCAAAAAGUAAAACCCCAACAUCUACCAUAUUGGUGAUUGAAAGAAAAGCUGUUACCAUACCUGAGCCAAGUGAUAAAAUUCAUGUUGCUGGUGGUGAUCAUACUGGAAUAAUUAUAAACAAAGAAAAGGUUUAUGAAAAUGGGUUAUCAGAGCCCUGUCAUGCACAGUUAGAAUUUUGUGUAUAUUUGGUGUCUGCUGCGAAUGGUACACACACAAGAGAAGCAAGAGCCUUACGGUUUUGGUUUAAACCUGAAGUCUCCUUACAUGAAUGUCCACAUGAGGCUCAAGCAUUCUUCAGGGAGCUUGUAAGUCCACAGGACUUUCCUAAAGAUUAUGUUGGUUUUAUCAAGAAGAUAAUAAAGUUAAUGCAGAACAAAUAUCACCUAUUGAAAGUAUUGGAGGUGGAGCUAAGACAGGAGGGAACAGGUCCACCACCACCUGAGGCAAAUGGUGUGAUACCGCGUAAGGAUAUAGUAUACAAGUAUUGUAAUGGUACAUUUAUUGAUGAUAGUAUAGCCAAUCAAACUCAAUUUUCGGAACAAAAAGUAUUGGAUAUGAUUGAAAAUGCAUACCCAAAUCCAUUGACUGUAGAAGAUUUUGUCACAGCUGGUCCAUGGUCCAAAGCAGAGAUUAAAGAUGCAUUGGAGUCUUUGGAAGAGAAGGGUCUCACUAGACCAAUAUCAGAUGGUCUAUAUAUACGGCAGCACAGUGUUGAUACACAGGUAGUGAAACAAAUGCCAACAUUGUGUUCAUCUCGGCAACCAACCAUUGCUGUAGUGACUGCCUUGUACUGUGAAAAGCAGGCUGUUGACGCCAUGAUGGAUAAUCAAGAGACAUAUGUGCGAUUCACAACAGUUGGUAAGUAA